AUGGAGGUCUACAAACAUGUUUACACCGUAGAAUCGAUAGACAAGCACAAAAAAGUGUUCAACCACCUUUCCAAGCUGUACCUUACCGACCAGCUGUACAAAAUCACGAUAGACUAUCACUCGUUGCUCUUCAAGCCAAAGGUUAACGACAAGAUAGAAAUUGUGAUUUAUGAUGGCAUUCUGGUUGACAAGGAGGUGCCUGAGUGCUAUGAGUAUGUUUUGCAGGGGCAUUGCUACAAUAAUGAAGUGGUGGAUGGUCUGAGGACCGUUAGUGUUAGUUUUGGGGGGAUGUUGAUGGAACUGGUGGCUGAUGAGAAGGAUGUGAAGUUGGCAGUCGAUUGCCAGGACGUAGGGAUGGCGCUGAGAAUACUGCGAUGAGUGGUUUGUUAUGUGUGGCUUAUUAAAGAGCGCUGUGUAGCAAUGUUUGUAUCUAUGGGUUGUUUUUGUGUUACGGCUAUCACUGUCAUCUCUAGGACGGGAAAUGAACAGGAUUUGGUACCUUGAACGAGCAUGGAUGGAACGGUUUCGGUCGAGGAACUAAACUUGAACUUGCUCGACUGGCAUACUCCAACGAGUUGGAGAAUGCGCGUGCAUACCGGCAUAGUACGGAAAAGGACACAAAAAAUGCUUUCAUGAGAAGCAUGCACCGAAUAAAAACUUAAAUAUUUAAUUGUGGUGGUACCGCUCGUUCUCGUCAUGGAAGGGAUAUUUCCAAUUACGGAUCAAAGGCUGUUGCCUGGGGACAAAAAAUGUGUUUUUGGUUGAUGCGGGUAAAAAACAGAAAUAAACGUACUUCUAGU